GGGUCCUGCGGAGUUGGCGGAGGCUCCUCAGGGGACUGGGGGACCGAUCUGCGUAGACGCGGGUGGCGGGGAAGAGAGGGGAGGAGAGCUCUGAGUGGGAAGCGGAGCCGGGGGCCCGGGACCCGUCGCGUCAGAGCCAGGCAAGUGAACCGGAGCAAACGACUUCCGAUCCAGUCUGCGCUGCUGCGGCUCCCGUUUGGGAUUUGAUUUGCAGCAUCUUCGAGGCUGUGCAACAAAAAACCGCGAAGCACGCCCAGCCCUCCCCCGGCACCCCGAUACGCACCCACUCCCUCCCGGGGACCCAGCUGGGCGAGUCCACAUCCCCGCGCUCCCCACACCAUGUUGUGCGGAAGGACUUCCACUCCCCGCCUGUGUCGUUGAUGUCAGACCCCAGGCCAGCCUCCGGGCGCUGCAGUUCUCCCGGCUAAUGCUAAGGCUGCGGCUUGGGCUCUAGCACAGGAACCAACCGCCGCCGCGCCGGCCCCAGCGCCCACCGUCUGCAUGUGUCCGCCGUAGCCGCCUGCCCAGCCCGCAGCCCGCGCUCCCCGGAGCGCUGGAGACCACCGCGGGGGGCCCCUUCUGCCCUUGGGAGAAGCGAUCUUGGAGGUAUUGAUUUCGGUGGUUGGAUUUUUCCCGUGGAUUUAUCAAUUCACAAUUCGAAUUUGGAAGAAAGAAGGAAAACAUGACGUCUCCAGCCAAAUUCAAAAAGGAUAAGGAGAUUAUAGCAGAGUACGAUACUCAGGUCAAAGACUGAUUUUCAAAAAUGCCAAGUAGGAAAUUUGCCGAUGGUGAGGUGGUAAGAGGUCGAUGGCCCGGGAGUUCACUUUAUUAUGAAGUAGAAGUUCUGAGCCAUGACAGCAACUCCCAGCUUUACAGCGUAAAAUACAAAGAUGGAACUGAACUUGAAUUAAAAGAGAGUGAUAUCAAGCCUUUAACCUCCUUCAGGCAAAGGAAAAGUGGCUCAACUUCCAGUUCUCCCUCCAGACGCAGAGGCAGCCGCUCCAGGUCGCGCUCCCGAUCCCCUGGCCGGCCCCCAAAAGGUUCCCGCCCAUCCGUCUCAGCUUCGCACCAGGCUGACAUUAAGGAAGCAAAGAAGGAAGCAAGGAAGGAAAUGUUGGAAAUUAAACUGACUCCGCUGGUAUUGAAGCCAUUUGGAAAUAGCAUCAGCAGAUAUAACGGGGAGCCUGAGCACAUAGAGAGGAAUGACGUACCUCACAAAAACGCGCAGGUACAAAGGGGUUCAUUUUCCUCUCAGGAAAAAUUCCCUUUGUCACAAGAGAGUUGUUAUAUACCUACACAGUAUAGCCUUCAUCCAAGAAGAGAAGAGGUCAAAUUAAAAGAAAUAGAUUCAAAGGAAGAAAAAAUUGUUACAAAAGGACCUACGUCGUUGAGAACCUUUGAAGUGACAGCCACACAGCAGAAGGACUUAGAAUUUGGAGGAGUACCUGGUGUUUUUCUCAUCACGCUUGGCCUGCCUGCUUUCCUCUUCCUGUUGCUGUUGAUGUGUAAACAGGAAGAGCCCAGUCUUCUGAAUUUCCCGCCUCCUCUGCCAGCUUUGUACGAUUUAUGGGAAACCAGGAUAUUUGGGGCCUACCUCCUCUGGUUUUUCCUUCAGGUUCUGCUCUACUUACUGCCGAUUGGGAAGGUUGUAGAAGGAACACCUCUUACUGAUGGAAGAAGACUCAAGUACAGAUUAAAUGGAUUCUACGCUUUUAUCCUGACAUCUGCACUCGUCGGAGCAUCUUUCUUCUGGGAUGUAGAGCUUUGUUAUGUGUACAGUCAUUUCCUUCAGUGUGCAUUUGCAGCCACUGUUUUUUCUGUGGUCUUGAGUGUUUAUCUCUACGCCAGGGCUUUGAAAGCGCCCCGGGAUGAACUGUCGCCGGCCAGCUCUGGAAAUGCUGUGUAUGACUUCUUCAUUGGCCGUGAGCUAAAUCCUCGGAUUGGUACUUUUGAUCUCAAAUACUUCUGUGAAUUGCGCCCCGGAUUGAUUGGAUGGGUGGUCAUUAACCUGGUGAUGCUUUUGGCUGAGAUGAAGCUACAGGAUCGCACUGUUCCAUCCUUAGCAAUGAUUUUGGUCAACAGUUUCCAGCUCUUGUAUGUGGUGGAUGCUCUCUGGAAUGAGGAAGCACUGUUGACAACCAUGGACAUUAUCCAUGAUGGAUUUGGAUUCAUGCUGGCUUUUGGAGAUUUAGUGUGGGUUCCAUUUAUCUACAGCUUCCAAGCCUUUUAUUUAGUCAGUCAUCCAAAUGAACUGUCUUGGCCAAUGGCUUCUCUAAUCAUUGCUCUGAAACUGUGUGGAUUUGUAAUCUUCCGAUGUGCAAAUUCUCAGAAAAAUGCAUUCCGGAAAAAUCCCACUGAUCCAAAGCUUGCACAUUUAAAAACCAUUCAUACUGCAACAGGAAAAAAUCUUCUCGUUUCUGGAUGGUGGGGUUUUGUUCGCCAUCCCAAUUACUUGGGUGACCUCAUCAUGGCCCUGGCGUGGUCCCUCCCAUGUGGUUUCAAUCACAUUCUGCCUUAUUUCUACGUGAUUUAUUUCACCAUUUUGCUGGUGCACCGUGAGGCUCGCGAUGAACACCACUGUAGGAAGAAGUACGGCCUGGCGUGGGAGAAGUACUGCCAGCGCGUCCCGUACCGCAUAUUCCCAUACAUCUACUGAUUCUGGCCUAGGCGCUGUCUAAAUGCUCCUGCAGUUUUGGCUUCCAUUUGCAAAAAAAGAAAAAAAACCCAAAAUGAACCUUUCGUUGCACCGACAGGAUCUUGAUGUUUCUCUUUCUGAGGCAGGACUACAGAGCCAAGUAGUAAGUUUUUUAAUGUAACCAUGUUUAUUUUUAUUAAAUCAUAACAAUUAACAUAAGGAAAAUAUAAAUAAAGACGUUAGAAUUUGCAUUCUAAUAGGAAAUUUUCAAUCCUUAAAAAUCUGAAAACAGAAAAUAGUCUUACAAAUGCACUGAAUACUGUUGAUGUUUAGGGUUUUUGAUUACCUUUCAAAGUUUGAUUCUUCUGUCCAGUUGCUUUUUCUUAAAUGAAAACACUGUUACAUUUUAAAGUACAUUUAUGUUUUAUUGCGUUAAGAGAAUAGAAUUUUCAUUUGUUUCCCUUUAAAUCAUUUACUAGCUAUGUGAUUUGAAAGUAAAAACUGGUCCUCUCUCUCUGUUCAAUGCUGUACGGGAAGGGGGAUGAUUGAUAGUGGACACUGUUUAAUGAAGACCAUUAGUAGUGGUUUGCUUAACCUCAACUUGUAAAACUGCAUUUGAAACUGUAAAUACAUAGCUUUUAUGUAAUAUAUGGCGACUUCAGAUUUUUCUGUAUAGUAUUUUGAAUGUGAAAUAAUUUUCGGGACUAAGUAUCUUUUUAACAAACAUUUGCAGUAUUUUAAAUUAAAUUUUGUAAAGUACUACAUGCGAAUUAAACAUUUUGAAAGAAGUGGAAUUCAUUUAAUAUUGUAUGAAAGAUGCUAUUAAGAGUAGGAAGGGUAUUUUUCCUAAUCCAAAGUUUGUGAAUUUGGCUUUGCUACCUCAAUCGCAGGUGUUUGUUUGCCUUUAUAAACUGUUGCAAAUAGAAAAAUAGAAUAAAUAUAUAUUUUUGGAAUAACAUCACUAUUUAAACAUUUUUACACAGAGUGGUGUUUGAAAAUAUGCCAUUUCUGAAAGGCUAAUAUUUUUAUAUGUUUCUGACUUUUUAAAUUAAACUGUGUUUUUGCUACUGUUAGUUCAGGCAGUUUAUACUGUAUUUUGCAUAGCCUUUGUAUUUACAAAACUCUACUCCCUGUAAAGGAGUGUUGUAUUCAUCUUUAGAAAUCUAUUUAUCUAAAAACAAUUUAAGGGAAUAGUUUAAAAUCAUUUCUUUUAGUUUAAUAGCUGUGCAUAAGGUAGCUUUAGCCAUUAGAUUCUACUUAAGUUGAUGUAGUCUCAUAUUAAUUGUCUUAUAAUGGAACAGUAGCAAAUUCACUAAGGUUUCGUAUUCAGAGUUAAAUUGUUCUCCAGAAUCUUAAACAUAGGGGAAUCUAAUAAAUAUAGUGUAUAUGUUUGGGUUUUUAAUUAUACAUUUUAUAUAUGAGCCAUUUAGAUAUGCAGUGUUUGUUCUACGUUGCAGUUCGAAGUGUAUAUAACUGAACUUAUGUUAAUGUGAUCAUGAAGAACAUUCCGCAUCCUCUAGUCUUUAAACAUCGUUUUGGUGAAAUUUUCAGUGUUUUAUUAGUACUGAUGGUAUGCAAGCAGUUUUUUAAUGCUUGUCUCCUGGCAUCAAAAAAUGGCGUCCCAGCCUAUUCUAUACUAGAUUCACCAAUGAAGCUUUAGGGGAGGAAGAAGGACCUUUUAAUUCUUUCCUUGGUAAUGAGAAAAGAGCUGUUUCCAACACAGUGCUGCAGUUUCUGGAUAUCAGCUGCAAUUUGUUUUUAAUUUUGUUUUUGACAUGUUUAUUUGACAAGUUUUAUAAUGAAGUUUUAAGUUGGAAAUAAAGUUGAAAAUAAGAUGUUGCUUUGA